UCUUCCAGUACCUGGGAUGUAGCAGAUGCCAGCCAGAAUCCUGCACAGUCUUCCACAGAGGUGGAGAAAGCAGCGAAGUCAUCAGAAGGCAGUGAAGUGUCAAAUUGCAGCCAAGGCCCAUCUAUUGACUUGUUGAGUACAUCUCCUAAAGCUCCCCUAGAACUUAAAUCCUCCCUCAUCGGAAAGAAGAAGCCAGGAGCUGCCAAGAAAGGGUUGGGUGCAAAAAAAGGCCUUGGAGCCCAGAAAGUGAGCAGCCAGAGCUUCAGUGAGAUCGAGCGGCAAGCCCAGGUGGCAGAGCAGCUGAGGGAGCAGCAGGCAGUGGAGUCCAGGAAACAAGCUGAGGAGUCCAUAGUCACCUCGAUGCGACUGGCUUAUCAGGAGCUGCAGCUUGCUCGGAAGAAGGAAGAGAAGAAACUUCAGAACCUUGAAGGGAAGAAGCGUGAACAAGCUGAGAGGCUGGGCAUGGGCUUGGUGUCCAGAAGUUCUGUUUCACACUCGGUGAUGUCUGAGAUGCAAGUAAUAGAGCAGGAGACACCGCUGGCUGCAAAAUCUUCUCGCUCCCAAUUGGACUUGUUUGAAGAUGCUGGAGGCUUCACAUCUGGACCCCCCAAGUACAAAUACAAUCCCUUCUCAUUCGAAGACGCAUUUGGCUCACGAUGGGAAACGGACUCUUCAUGGGGUAUGGACAAAGAGGAGGAACCUGAGGUGACCAUUUCCAGUAUCCGGCCAGUUUCAGAGAGACCCACCAGUAGGCGGGAGACAGAGAGCAGGACAUCAGUUGUGGAAUCCAAUGAAGCCCGGCAGAAGUUUGCAGGGGCUAAAGCCAUCUCUUCAGAUAUGUUCUUCGGGCGGGAGGCAGACACUGAGUAUGAAGCCAGAUCCCGACUGCAGCAGCUCUCGGGCAGCAGUGCCAUCAGCUCUGCGGACCUCUUUGGAGAGGCCGAGAAUACGCAUGCAGGUGGCGUGUCCAUUGGAAAUGUCCUGCCUGCAGCUGAUAUUGCACAGUUCAAGCAAGGAGUGAAGUCAGUUGCUGGCAAGAUGGCUGUCCUAGCCAAUGGGGUGAUGAACUCCCUCCAGGAUCGUUAUGGCUCAUAUUGAUGACCCAGGGACUGCAACUCAAGGAGAAGCCAGCAAGAGGCACUGAUGCCACCUUUGCCUGGAAUAAACUCUGCAGGAUUGUCUUAGUUUGUUAGGGGUGGGUGGGAAGGGGAGAAGGUAAGCAGAGGGGGUCAGGAUAUGGCUGUGCCCAGGAUGCUUUCCAAAUAUCUCUGAAUUCCACUCUAUUAAAAUUUGAUGUGCCCUCACACCCACUGCUAUCUGCUAGCCAGUGGAGCCAGGCCUUCUUACAGAGUUAGCCUCACUGCUGUGAAAGAUACGACAGGAACUCCUGGGCUGCCCUCAUCAGUGCUCCUGUCCUUCUUGGCCCGUACCUUUAGCUCACCAAGUGGCAGAGGAAAGGGGAAUGCUAUUUUUCUGAACAUCACGUUACCUGGUUGCCAUGGACAUGACUGUUUUUUUGCUCUGCUCAGUGCUCCCAAUCCAUGGUGCUGUGGAAUCCUCUGUAUUUGCAGGGUUUGACUUUUACCAUGGGGUAAUCCUUUUUACUGUCUUGUAAACCAGCAUAUAUUGAUGCGGGAGAAAAAUAUCAAACAAAGCAAUGAUUAUUUUUUUUUUAGCUUCUACUUCUAUCAUUAGCAAAAAAGGCCCAGGUGAAG